GUCUUUCUGAAGAGUGAUAACCUGUGUCUGAUGGGAGGAGAGCAUGUGAGGAGGAGACCCACCCUCCCUGCUGCCCACAUCCUGGCCAUGCACAUCCAGCAGCUGGAGAUCGGAGCCUUCACUCUGACCAGCGGCGCCUACAAGUGGCCAAAACUUAGGUGAAUGAGCGUAAUGCAACAUCUCAGGGCCAGUUUCCUCUAAACAGAUUAGGUCUAGUCCUGGACUAAAAACGAUUUUCUAAGGAGAAGCUGAAUGGAGAAUUGUAAGUGGUUUACGCUUUUUCGGAGUCCGCGGUAACCAGCACAUAAAGUCCUGGGUCUGUAUUCAAAAACCGUCUCAUAGUAGGAGUGGUAAUCUAGGAUAAAUUUAGCCUUUUAGAUCAUAAUGAAUAAUAAUAAUAAUAAAUGUGACUUACACUAUAUAUACAAAUGUAUGUGGACACCCCUUCAAAUUAGUGGAUUCGGCUAUUUCAGCCACACCCGUUGCUGACAGGUGUAUACAAUCGAGCACACAGCCAUGCAAUCUCCAUAGAAAAAACAUUGGCAGUAGAAUGGCCUUACUGAAGAGCUCAGUGACUUUCAACGUGGCACUGUCAUAGGAUGCCAACUUUCCAACAAGUCAGUCAGUUCGUCAAAUUUCUACCCUGCUAGAGCUGCCCCGGUCAACUGUAAGUGCUGUUAUUGUGUAGUGGAAACGUCUAGGAGCAACAACGGCUCAGCCACGAAGUGGUAGGCCAGACAAGCUCACAGAACGGGACCGGCGAGUGAUGAAGCGUGUAGCGCUUAAAAAUCGUCUGUCCUCGGUUGCAAAGCUCACUACCGAGUUCCAAUCUGCCUCUGGAAGCAACGUCGGCACAAGAACUGUUCGUCGGGAGCUUCAUGAAAUGGGUUUCCAUGGCCGAGCAGCCGCACACAAGCCUAAGAUCACCAUGCGCAAUGCCAAGCAUCGGCUGGAGUGGUGUAAAGCUCUCCGCCAUUGGACUCUGGAGCAGUGGAAACACGUUCUCUGGAGUGAUGAAUCACGCUUCCCCAUCUGGCAGUCCGACGGAUGAAUCUGGGUUUGGUGGAUGCCAGGAGAACACUACCUGACCAAAUGCAUAGUGCCAACUGUAAAGUUUGGUGGAGGAGGAAUAAUGGUUCGGGGGCUGUUUUUCAUGGUUCGGGCUAGGCCCCUUAGUUCCAGUGAAGGGAAAUCUUAACGCUACAGCAUACAGUGACAUUCUAGACGAUUCUGUGCUUCCAACUUUGUGGCAACAGUUUGGGGAAGGCCCUUUCCUGUUUCAGCAUGACAAUGCCCCUGUGCACAAAGCGAGGUCCAUACAGAAAUGGUUUGUCGAGAUCGGUGUGGAAGAACUUGACUGGCCUGCACAGAGCCCUGACCUCAACCCCAUCGAACGCCUUUAGGAUGAAUUGGAACGCCGACUGCGAGUCUUGCCUAAUCGCCCAAUCAGUGCCUGACCUCACUAAUGCUCUUGUGGCUGAAUGGAAUCAAGUCCCUGCAGCAAUGUUCCAACAUCUAGUGGAAAGCCUUCCCAGAAUAGUGGAGGCUGUUAUAGCAGCAAAGGGGGGACCAACUCCAUAUUUAUGCCCAUGAUUUUGGAAUGAGAUGUUGAACGAGCAGUUGUCCACAUACUUUUGGUCAUGUACUGUAUACAUAGCUUUUCAAGGAACCAAAGUCGCUUAAAUGGACAGAGAGAACUUGAUCCUAGAUCAGCACUCCUACUCUGAGAUGCGUUGUGAAUACAGGCCCAGGACUAGGCUUAAUCUGGGUCUGGAUUGAGAUUAAUGAAUCUACUCUGGUCGCCUUUGCACUGACAUGGAUAUCAACCUGACACUCAUUGUUUAACGGUGUAAACUUGAUAUUAACUUUCUCCUUUGAUGUAAUGAAGUGGGCCAAGUUGCCACCAAACUAGUAUCCCUGUGUCCUUCUACCCACUUGUAUAUGGCGGCCAGAUGCUGGGUUCAAAGAAAGUUGUGGCGGACGGUAAUGACACAGCUGCUCAUCCAUGGCAGUCUUUUAGGAUUUGGGUUCCUCUACUAAAGCUAGCACACAGCCAGAUGGUGUAUCGCGAUGCUGUGUGAUUUUGGGAGAUGUGGCACGCCAGGUGCUCCGAGAUGCAUCGAUGUUGACAGAAGCUGGGGUCAUAAAGGGUCACGGUGAGAGGCAGCGUCACAGCUGGUUAUGAUAGACCCUAGGUUCCCCCACUAUUCUAGAAAUCAGGUCACUUACUGUACUGUAUAUGAUGCAAGUGUUCAGUAACAUGGUGCCAAAUUAUGAGUAUGUUCCUGCCGAAGAUUAACAAUAACAAACUCCUAUUUCUCUUUUUCACCCUCUGUCUAGUCCUCCAUCUCCAUGGUGGCCCCAACUUCAAUCUCUGCCUUUGUCCUAAUUUCAUGUACUUUCUUGUCUCCCCCCUUUACCUAUCUGCUUCUUUCCCCCUCUCUUUCUAUCUUUAUCUCUCUCCUUCCUCACUGUCCAGGACCAUAGCGAAGGUGGUGAGUCAGGUGCAUGCGUUCCAGGAGACAGUGUACUCCUUCACUCCUGACCUGGAGCUGCAGGCCUACCUAAGACUACGCAUCGCCCACCUCAGCGGC